CCGAUUUAGUAGCUGAAAAGCAGUCAGGUUGCAGGGCGGACGGAUGUCGAUGUGUACACACACAAACGGUAUCUUUCUUUCAAUCUCCCUGAAGAACUACCUAGCUCGGAAGGGGGGGGCAUACCCAUUUUUUGCUACUGUUUUCAUUAUGACUGCAUGCUUGUUUCCGCUGGGGAGAAAUGUCUGUCUGUAGCAUUAGGUGCUUUCAUCCGAAGUGACGCACAAUAAGUACGUGCCGAAGACCAUCAGAAGAAAUACAAAUGCAGGUCAGAACAUCACAUCCCGGUGAGCUGUUGUGAGAUGACUAGGGGGGGGGAAUGACGGAGUGUAGCUCAGUGGGUAAGGAACUGGGCUUGUCACCGAAAGGUCGCAGGUUCGAUUCCCGGGUAAGGACACUGCCGUUGUACCCUUGAGCAAGUCACAGACGUGUCUGAGGCAGUGCAGAAUGCUUCUCGGGGGGUCACUACUGGGCUUCUGUGACAGUUUGGCAUCCUGGACCCUGAAACCUUCCGGCUAGAGAUGCCCUUGAUAUCCCAUGAUGCAGCGCUGUGGCAUAAGGGGAAGGAGCUGGUCAGAAUAUGGAAGAAAAGGGCAGGUGUCGGCCCGCAUGGAUUCGCCCGGCGAGCUCAGCUUCGUCUCGGAGCACGACUCCGACUCUGACUCCGACUCCUCGGACUCCUGCGCUCGCCGGCGGAGACAGAGGAAAAAGAAGAAGGAGGAGGAGGAGAAGAAGAAGAAGAAGAAGAAAAAGGUGAAGACGAAAAAGUCGGAGGGCGGUGUCGCCCCGACGCCCGCGCCCGCGACUGCGGCGAAUCCCGCGCUUCCCAGCGGCGGCUCGGGCCCGACGGAGACGCCCCGGAUUGCCGACGGCCCGACGGCGGGACAGACAAACGGGGCCUUCGAACACGACACUGAGGGCUGACGGCAGCCCGAAACACUGGAAAAAAAGCCUUUUAGCGCAUGCAAAACCAACAACGCGACCAGUGAUUGGCCAUCGUAUUCGUUUCGGACCAAUCGUUGGUUGCGUUACUAGCUUUUUUGUGUGCUAAGAGGGUUUUGGACAUGUUAAUGGACUUGGUAAAUUGGUCUGCUACUUGGGAAAACCCCCUUUGAUCUGAUUUGGAAAAACUGCCAAACUGACAGGACGCUGUGGGGUUUAAACUGAAGAUUCCCUCCCCUGCGCAGUUCAGCGAGGCAUUCUUUCUCCAGAACUUUCUCCAGAACUGGUUCCUGGAGAGCUACUCGAUGACUGAUAGCUGCCUCGAAGUAGGUGAACUAAACCAGGAAGAAGCACGGGAGAACGGGAUUGCAAGGAAUGUCGAACUGCUUUGGGACGUCGAAUCACCUGA